AAAGAUAACGUAGGUAAUGAACAUAUAACCUUGGCCGUGCUGAAUUCAGUUGGCUCUCGCGCUUAUUUUUAUCUUCUAGCGUUGAACCAAUUGAUGGGAAUGAGUUUCAAUUUAGUUGGAACUUUGGUGUCAAGCAAUGUGGCCUGCGUGAAGAGCUUCCUCCGAAUCAGUGCACAGAAUGGCGAAAGUAGCAAGUGUUGUAUUUACCGUGAUAUUGCUGGCCAAUGUUACCUUUGGAGCUAACAUUCUCUGCCUGUUUGGAGUAGCCAGUCCAAGUCAUCAUAUUUGGAAUCGAGCCAUUGCACAUGAAUUGGCGAGCAAAGGUCACAAUGUUACCAUCAUUUCAGCAGAUGUUGAGAAGAAUACUCCACAGAACGUCCACUAUGUUGAGCUCGAGCAAACCUACCCGGAAUUGUACAGCGGACCACACAAUAUCGACCUUCUUGAAAUGGCCAAUGAAAACGUGUUCAAGUCCAUUGUCUCGUUCUAUAACGAAUUCAUAAUCACGGAGUGCAGAGGUAUCUUGAAAUCGAAAGGUUUGGAAUUUAUCAAGAACUAUCCGGACAAUUUCAAGUUCGAUCUGGUGAUCCACGAUAUGACCUGUGGAGGGUGCAUGCAUGGAUUGUUGCACAAGUUCGGUUACCCACCGCUGGUAAGCGUAACAGCAUUUAACAACCCACCCUAUGUGACCGAUGUCGUCGGAGGACACAAACACGUCGCCUACAUUCCAUUUUACUCUUUGCGAUAUGGUACCGACAUGACCUUUAUGCAACGCGUUCAUAAUACACUUUUAUAUGUGAUAGAUUACAUCUAUCGAACAUACUUCUGCUACCCCAAGAUGGAUCGCAUGGUUCAAGACUACUUCCAGUACAAGGACAUGCCAUACGUCCCUGACAUGGAUCACCUCAGCAAGAUUAUACUAGUCAACGCACACCACUCCAUCGAUUUUCCUGAGCCUGCGCCACCAAACCUAAUCCCUGUUGGUGGUUUGCAAAUCCAAAAACCCAAGCCACUUCCGAAAGAUAUCGAAGAUUUCAUCAAUGCCGGAAAGAAAGGAGCCGUCCUCUUCUCGCUGGGCACCAACAUUCGAAGCGAUGAACUUGGCAAGGAACGUCAGCAAAUGUUCAUUGAUGCCAUCAGACAACUACCGGAUUAUAACUUCCUGUGGAAAUUUGAGUCUGAUUUGGACUUGAAGCUGCCCAAAAAUCUCAUCAUAAGGAAGUGGUUGCCGCAGAGCGAUAUGCUGGCUCAUCCGAAAAUAAAGGGCUUUAUCACACACGCUGGAUUGCUCAGUAUGCAUGAGGCUACUUGGCAUGGAGUUCCCAUGAUUGGGAUACCUUUCAUUGCUGAUCAGCAUCGGAACUUGGAAAAGUGCAUCCGCAUGGGUGUGGCCGAGCGCAUCGUCUUCCAAACACUAACGACAAACCAAAUUCGUGACACCGUGCACAAAGUGCUGGAAACUCCUUCUUACCGCGAGAACAUGAAACGGGUAUCUAGUCUCUUCCAGGAUCAACCGGAGAAACCUCUGGAUCGUGCCAUCUGGUGGAUCGAAUGGGUACUGCGUCAUCCUGACUACGAAGGUCUGCAGUCACCUGUGCUGAAACUCGGAUUCCUCAGAAGCAACUUGGUCGAUGUGAUUGGUUUCUUCUUAUUAGCGUUUUUAAUGGUAUUUGUAAUGGCGAAGAAAAUGCUGCGCAAGGGACGUCAUAUCGAUAAGCAAAAGAAAAACAAGUGAUCGAACUACUGUUUGAAUGAAAAUACUAAGAUUUUACCUCACUUUUUUACUUUCCACAGACACUACAGACUUUUUUACAGCUUUAAGGCAUUUCAAUAACUGGCACAUUAUGUACAAAAUAGCGGCAAUAAUAAAAAUCAAACAAAUAAACA